UUUCGCUCUGAAGAAUGUUUGUGGAGUUCCUCAUGCUGUCCAUUCUGGAAAUGCCUCUUGCAUCAUUGCUUCCCAACCUGCAAAGCAAAUCCUUUCCUUCAAGUGGAAUCCUACAAGGAAGCAGAGAGGUCAGGAAGCGGAAAUGCAUUUUACCUGCCCUGGAAUUCAUUUAAGAAGAAUACCGUGUUCAAGAGACCAGUUUGAGUGAGGAGGCUAAUGUCUUCCACCAUGCCCCAGAGCAUUUGCCCAGCAAGCAGGGUCUCCUGCUGGUGGUGGCUGAUGUAGGAGCAGAAUGCGAGUUUGGGGAACCUGGGGCCUGCAAGGAAGGAUUUCAUCAGGCAAGAUUGCCAUGGAGCUUUCCCUUUGGUUUACUCCAGUUUUGUUCAAGGAAAAGUAUGUCUCAUUUAAGAGUGUUCUUCCCCACCCUGCGUUCCAUUAGCCUAGGAGAAAAUUCCUGGCUUGUCGGAAGAAAAGAGAAGCAUAUUGUCAAAGAAACUGUUUCCUGUAAGCUGCUUCUUGAUCCAACAGAGUUGAUGACAGAGAAAUGGAGAUAAACAUGGAGGUGAGGAAUGAGACAACAAUCCAAGAAUUCAUUCUGGAAGGGUUUCCUGCCAUCCAGUACCUGGGGAACAUCUUCUUCCUGAUGCAUCUGCUGGCAUAUCUGGCCUCUAUCACAGGAAAUAUGGUGAUCAUCAUUAUCACUUGGGCUGACCAUCGCCUCCAGACACCAAUGUAUAUUUUACUCAGCACUUUCUCCUUCUCUGAAUGCUGUUUUAUUACCACAGUUAUUCCUAAACUGCUGUCCAUCUUUCUUUCAGGAAGGCAAACAAUUUCCUUUACUUCUUGUCUCACACAAGCCUUUUCUUUUCUGUUCUUUGGGUCAAUAAUUUUUUUCCUGAUGGCUGUGAUGUCCUUGGAUCGAUACCUGGCCAUUUGCAAACCUCUGCACUACCCGGCCAUCAUGAACCUGAGGGUUAGUUUCCUUCUGGCUUUCUUCUGCAAUGCUUUGUCCUUCAUCUUGAUCACUGGUCUGGUGCUCAAGGUUUCUCAGUUAUCCUUCUGUGGCCCCAAUGUCAUCUCUCAUUUCUUUUGUGACCUCGGCUCCCUGAUUCAUCUCUCUUGUUCUGACACUGGGUCUGUUGAAAUAUAUGUCCUCUUCCUUGCUCUGCUUGUCAUUCUGAUAUCUCUCAUUUUAACCAUCAUUGCAUACAGCAAUAUAGUGGUCACAAUUGUGCGACUUCCAUCAGCCAAGGAGCGACAGAAAGCUUUCUCCACCUGCUCCUCUCACCUCAUCGUCCUCUCUCUGAUGUACGGCAGCUGUGUCUUUAUAUACGUGAAACCAAAGCAAACAAACAGGCUGGACUCCAACAGGGAGGCUGCCCUUGUGAACACAGUGGUGACCCCACUGUUGAACCCUGUCAUCUACACUCUGCGGAACAAGCAGGUCCACCAGGCUCUGAGGGAUGCUCUGUCCAGGGUGAGGUUGCAGAAACAGAGCUUUGGAGGCCCACAGCAAGCUCUCCAUUUCUUGGAAGAUAAUAGUUGCAAGAGGAGGAAGUCCUGCCUGCCAUGAGGUGACUCCUAUGUGUGACUGGCCUCAGGGACCGUGGUGAUUUGUGGACUUACUGGGGACAACUGGAACAGAAGCAGAAGCUCCUUCAGGCUGGGGGUAAGCACUCUGGUUUCACAAGCAGCACUUUAGGGGAUCUGGCCCACAAUGGGUUAGUGAGAGUGACACAUUCCACACUCCCAGUGUUUAGCCUAUUUUUGAGAUACUAGAGCCAAACACCAUCUUAAGAAAAGUCAUUGAUUGAGAGGACUGAAGAGAGAAGAAUGUUCACUGAGUUUCAUGGAAGAGUCAGUGUAUGUGUGCCAGGUUCCCAGAAUAUCCUCUUAAGUAGGUUAAUCCUGUGACCUACUGUCAGUCCCACCGCCCUCACAGGCCAGCAUGAACCCAAGGGGUGGGUGGUCAAUUCUGGACUUACAGUUCAUGUCCUGUUGUUGAGCAGCACCCAAUGUCUCUGGUCUCUAGUUUCUUCUAUAAAAUUCUUGAGCUAAAGUAGAUGCUCUCUAAGCCCUGUGUCAUUCCACAGGCCAGUAACUCAUCAGUGAUUAUAACUAAGGGUAGAAACAAGUAAGCUAUGAAGCUAAUCUUUCACUUAAGGUUAAGAAAUCAUCAACAAUAAAUUUACUCCCAUUUUAAAAUAUUUUGUCACCGCAUUUGGAAACAGCAGGUACUCUGGAGUCAGGUAUUCUGGCUAAAGUCCCAGUUAUGUGACCCAAGUUCUCUGGAACUCUCUAAGCCUCAGUUUCCGCUUCUAUAAAAUAAGGGGUUCAUGGUUAUUGUGAAGAGUCAUAGAAAUACUGAAUUUCAAUGACCCAACACAGAACAAGCAUAGAUCCUCAACAGAUGAUGAUGAUGACAGCUUGGACAACAGAAUGUGUUGCAUUAUUAAAAGGGAUAUUCAAAGGGAAUGUUACUAACAUCACUCUUAUGUUUACUUACAAACUGAUAAUAUCAUUAAAAACAAUAAAAUAUAUAACUACAAAAAUGUCAA